AUGAGUCUGCCGGAAUCUGCAGACUCGACAGAGGUGUUCAACCCAGUGAAGGAGUUCUGUGAUAAAGCAACUCCAACACUUGGAUGCAGGCUAAUCACCAGCAGGGUCGAGGUUCGAGUUGAUAAUAUCGGCCCUUUAGCGGCGGAGAAGGAGGUGGCGGAUGCGCUGACAGCCUUUUCGGGGGAAUCCAUCAGCGAGAAGGAGGUUCGACUGACCACGCAGCACGAUUCAACGAAGACGGCUCGGGUUCGAGUCUCCGAGAAGGCGGCGGAGAAGCUGGCAGGACAGCACAUCAAGGUGAUGUUCACCUCGAGUCCUAACCGCGUGCAGCAACCAACAGAUUGGCAGCCACGAUGCUUCCGUUGUCUGGCACUCGGCCACGUGCGGGCGAAGUGCAAGAGCGUGAUCGAUCGAUCAAACGCCUGCAUUCGAUGCGGGAAGACGAACCAUCUGGCGAUGGAUUGUCAGGAGGAGCCGUGUUGCACGGUUUGCAAGGGCCCGCACUCGGUAGGUCAUCCGACCUGCCGACGUUAA